AUGGGCAGACUUAACAACGGCGACUGGCUCCUCGUUGGAAACAGCAUCUGGAGCGAUGACGGCGAGACAGAGUUCCGCAUGCAAGACGAUGGCAAGGUCGCUGUCUACCAUGGCGAAGAAUGCGCCUGGCAGAACACCCCCGAACAGAACUGGCAAGUUCACGGAAUCAAGAUGCAAGAAGAUGGCAACCUAGUCAUUUACGACAACUCUGGUACUGGACAUGCCAUCUGGCACACAGACACUGCUGCCGGCAAGGGCAACAAGUCUACAACUCUUGUGGUGCAGGAUGACGGUAACGUUGUGUUGUACAAUGAGGGUGGUGAUCCUAUCUGGCACACUGCUAGCAACAAGUAG